GUGCUGUAUCUGGAGUGUCCAAUGGACAGGGGCCACAACCUAAUGGAAAAAGACCUCAGAAUGGUGGAGGUGUAGGAAGAAUGCUCAUGCCAUCCAAAGGUGUGGGUCAAGGAAUGGGUGCACAGAAUGGAUAUGGGGGAUAUCCAUCUAAAGGAAUAGGCAAUGGGGCAGCAGCUGGAGUUUCAAAUGGAAAUGGAGCAAAAUACAACGGCUAUGGUGCAGCAGCUGGAGUACCCAAUGGAGCAGGAACAAAAGGCUAUGGAGCAGCAGCUGGUGUUGCUAAUGGGCAGGGUGGCAAACCACAGGGAGGAAACCCAGCUGUUUUACCAAAUGGAAAUGGAGCUAAAUCUAAGGGAAAUGGUGCCCAAGCUGGACCAAUGAAUGGACAACAAACUAAAGGAUACAAUGCCCAAGCUGGCCCAUAUGGUGGACAACCAACUAAAGGAAAUGGUAACGGUGCAUAUGGUGCAGCACAGAAUGGAAUUGGAACAAAAGGCAAUGGUCAAAAAGCCACAAGUGGUCCAAGCAACGGCAAUGGGGCAAGGCCCAGUGGACACGGGGGUGCUGGAGCUAAACCCAUGAAGGGAUUUGGUCGACCAUCUUAUGGAGCAGGCCCGUCUGUUGGGAUGGGAGCUUCCAGAGGUGUAGGAAUACCUCAGCUUGCAGGAAACCAAGGGGCAGCAUACGGUGCUAAUGGUUAUAAUGGAUAUGGAGCUCAGCCCAUGGGAGGCUAUAAUGGUGGUUUUGGUUCGAGGCCUCAAUAUGGAAAUGGAGGAAUGAAGGGACCAAAGCCAGGAUAUGGUAGUGUAGCCGGUGUUGCAAAUGGACAAGGAGCCAAACCCAAUGGUUUUGCUGGAGCCCGAAGCCCCAAUAUGAAUGGAGCCCUGCCAAAUGGUUAUGGAUAUCCAAAUGGUGGAGCUGCUAAGCCAGCAAAAACAGGGUAUGGCGGCAUGCCAAAUGGAUAUGGUGCCAAACCUAAAGGAUAUGGAGCCACCAGAGGCGGUGCAAUGAGACCCCAGCCAGGUUAUGGAAAUGGAGCUGUUCCCAACGGCUAUGGAACUAAACCCAAAGGUUAUGGAGCUGCAGCCGGUCCAGGAGCUGGAGCUGGAGCAGGACCUGGUGUUACCAAAGGAAAUGGAGCCAAAUCCAAUGGUCAUGGAGUUGGAAAUGGUGCUGCACUAGGAGGAUAUGGACUCAAUGGCUUCGGUGUCCCUGCUGGUGUACCUAAUGGACAGUUUGCUAAAGCAACCAAUGCUGGUUAUGGCAUGGCACCAAAUGGACAGGCUACAAAAGGUGCAGGUGUUUCCGGUGGACAGGGUCUAAAAGGUGGAGUUCUCUCUCUUGAGCAGCCAAGUGCCGUGCCAGAAGAAAAUCUUGGACCUCAGCAAGAAAUAACUCAAGACGUAGGACCUGUAGGACCCAUUGCACCCGAACCGACUAGUGGCAUCCUUGUUAUGGUGACACAAGAGAAAUCGCAAAAACUACCUUCCCCCGUGUUACAAGGAAAAAGCUACAAACAGCCACUGCUCAUCCCUCAGGCAACACCAGAACCAGGACCAGCUAUUUCUCAGGGUCCAGAACUUGCACCCGAAUCCAUACCUGAGCUAGCAUCCUUGAGUCCACGGGCCAAAGGUCCAAAGGCAGUUACAUCUGGACCUGCAGUUCCUCAGAGUAAAACAGCACUAGAGCCAGCAGUGGUCCUUCCCCAAGGUUAUGUGACUGGAAGUGCUGUGCCUGAGCAAAAAGGUGCAGAGGCAGAUAUUGUUGUGGGGGUAAACACCGGUGAAGGGGAAGCGGCCCCUGAAAGCGCCAAAUCCCAGAAAACCAAAGCUGUCCCUGAAACGGUGGCAACCAAAAGCACAGGGAUCAUCACCCCCGAAGAAACGCUGGCAGUGUGGGCGCCGGAGGUUUUACCAGAAGAAGCAAACCUACAGAGUCAGCCUGAGGCAGGACCUAGAAGGUCUGGGGUCAAAGGUCCUGCUGCAGGGAAAACUGGGUCAACUGAGAAUGGAGGAAGAGCUACGUCAAAGGGACAGGGAUCUAAACCAGCCACACCGGACUGUGGACCAGGAGUACCAAAUGGACAGUGGAUGAAAAUACCCAGACCUGGUUAUAACACAGGUUUGGGAGCAUCUGCUGGUGCACAAACCAAAGGUUACGGAGCCGGAGCUGGUGUUCCAAACAGAUUUGGUGCAAAGCCCAAUGGAUACGGAGCCAGUGCAGGGGGAUACUCAAAUGGAGGAGGAGCUAAAGCAUCCAAACCAAGUUAUGGACCAGGAGGAUAUAGUGCCCCUGGACAGAACAACGGAUAUGGAGCUGGUCUUGGAUAUCCGUAUGGAGGGAAACCCAAACAACCUGGUUACGGACAAGGAGCGCACCUUGGAGCUGGAUAUGGAAAUGCAGGUAUGGGUGAAGCAGGAAAGUCUAAAUCAGGAUAUGGAAAUGGCUAUGGGGCUGGAGUGCAGCCUGACUAUGCCAGUCUUGACCAAGGUGCAGCAUCUGUUGGUCGCAAAUCAGGUAGCGCGAAACAGACUCCAUAUAACGGAGCCCCUAUGGCCCCUGCUGGACUAGACGGAAUGAGUCAGUUUCAGCCUCAGCCUGCUGGACUUGGACCAAAUGGAAAAUUAGGCAGCAUGUAUGCUGGAAUGGGAAGUCUGCCUUUUGGUGGUCAGAGCCCCAAGUACGGCAUUGGGGGCAUGCAGUUUGGUGGCAAACCCUCCAGUACAGGAACUAAUGGUGCAGGAAAAUACGGAUAUGGUGGAAGCCCCUAUGGGCCUGCUGCUGCAGCUGGUGCUGGCAGUAAAUCAUCUGGAAAAUACGGAUAUGGUGGGUUCCCCAAUGGAGGGCAACUUGGUUUGGGCAACAAUGGAAAUACACCCGGAAAAUAUGGUUAUGGAAGAAUGCCUUUUGAAGCUCAGACAGGUGCCCUGAGCUCUAUGGCCAAAGCUACCGGUCAAUAUGGAUCCUCAUAUCAGCCUGAACCUGUUGGAAUGGGACCAAAUGGAAUGCUCUCGGGAAAAUAUGGUGGUGGUGAAGUCCCCUAUUCACCUCAGGCCUUUAGUAGUGAAGCAAAAUCUGCAGCGAAAUAUGGUAACCAAGGACAGUACAAGUCACAGCCGCUCGAAUCUGCAUCUACAGAGACAGCAGGUUUAUCGUACGAGCCCCAUCCUCUUGAGCCAGAUACAGCUGGAAAAUCCUAUGUGAAAGGAGAGUUGCCAACUUCAGCAAUUGCAGCUGAAGAAAAUGUGGGAUACAUUAAUGGACAAGUGCAGCCAGAAGUUGUUGCAUUUCCUGCAGCUCCAACCCCGUUCCCCACAUUACCUUAUCCUUCCGCCCCAUCCUAUCUGCCUGUGGAGUCCUUAACGGGGGAUCCAGCGGGCGCUCAGGACCUGCCAGAUCCAGCGGGUAAAGCCAGCAUCACCGUCAACUCUGCACCCGCCACUGAAACACAAGCUGUUUCUCAGGGGUCUGAGCAACCCGAUGACCUUCUGCAACAGCAGCUGCCUCAUCAGAUACACAUUCAGCAGCAUCUCAAACUGCAUUUUCACCCACAAGGAGCAAAGAAUGGUAAAUAUGACUUGAAUGGCUUCUUUGGAAAUGGUGGUUAUAAAGGUUAACCCCGCUGACAACGACAAGUAUAAUCCACUUUUCUGGCAUUGUAUAUUAUUUCUGAAUGUUUCUUCUGAUUGUACAUUAGUUUUAUUUUCUCCUGACCACAAAUACUCCUUGUAUUCAUAUUUUUGUGUUUGUUUAUAAGUCAAGAGAUGAAACAUUUUAAGUUUUUGAUUUGUUAGGUGUUGCUGUUUCUCCUGUUUAGUGCAUUUUUGUUUGCGUCCUACAUUACCUUUUGUCCUGCACUUACUGCUCGCUGUACAUGAGAAGAAAUGGUUGUCAAAAAUGUGGGGUUGCCUGCUGUGUUAGGUCAGUGUUUUGAUUGAAUCAGUAAUAUUUGCCUUAGUGUUGUCAAAUCAAACUGUUUCUGUGCAACUUAAUUCAGUCUAAUUUAUUUGGCAUGGGAGUGACUUUUUUUUUUUUUUUUUACUACAUGUGACAAUCAUCUGUUUAUUAUUGUACAGAGUUUUAAUGAUUAAAAUCAGUUGGAGUGAAAAAUGUUACAUGUGUUUUCUGCAUGCAGUAACGUUAGAGAAAGAGAAAACUCCAGCUGAAAUGAGGAAUACACUGGUGCCAGUGAGCUAACUUUAGUAAUGAAGGCUAUUACCUUUUUAACUAGUUGUAAUCUCUAAAAUCUAAUCUCAGAUUAUCCUCA